AAAUACUGUUCAGUUCAGUAACCUGCACAAUACUAGCAAACUUCAAAUUGUCGGUGUAUCAGGUGCUCCUACAAGGCUUUUUAAAGGAACCGGUUUUUUAGAACAAAACAAUGUUUGGCAGUGAAUAACUGAUCAGGUGAUAGUAAUUUGAGAUAAUAUUAUUUAUUUAAAAUUAACCUUAUCUGAGAUGAAAACCCUGAUGGUUAUUAACAAGUAUCAGAUGUGUUAACAUUAGCAGCUUCUGUUUGUUUAAAAACAGACGUAUACGCUAUAACUAUAACUUUGAGUGUUCGACGAGAAAUUGAGUUUCACUUAUUACAUUUCAUUUGUAAUUAACAUGGCACAAGAUAAAGUUGAAUAUUCUAGUGUUGGUGAAACUGACAAAUUUGAAGAUCUAAAAUGUGCACAAAAUAUUCCAAAGGGAUUUGGUGUGCGUCACUUGCAAGUUUUACUACUUUUCAUAAGUUUAAGUGUUGGGUAUGCAGUGAGAGCACAACUAAGUGUUUCUAUGGUAGCUAUGACUACUCAAAACCUUGAAAGCAUUGAAUUUAGUCAUAUAAAUAUAAGGAAUAAUAGAAGUUUGGUUGUCUAUAAAAACGAAGAGAAUUCAACAGAUUCGAACAGUAGUGACAAAACUACUAAUUUAAGAAGAAAUAGAAAGACAGGAACUAGAUCUUGGACAGUAUAUAGAACAUACAGUUGGGACAAACCAACACAGGAAAUGAUCUUGUUCUCUUUCUUCGUGGGGUAUACAUCAAUGAUGUUGCCAAUGGGUAUUAUAUCUCAAAGAUAUGGAGGGAAGAUACCGAUACUGAUUGCUUUGGCUGUUAAUGGCGUACUUUCUAUAUUGUCACCAUGGGUGCCACUAUUUGCAGGAUGGAUGGGAAUGUGUGUAUGCCGACUGCUGCAAGGAAUGACACAAGCGGCAUAUUAUCCAAGUAUUCACACGAUUCUGGGCAAAUGGGCUCCGCUCAGCGAGAGGGGUAGACUUACCACCUAUGUUUAUACUGGAUCCCAAUUUGGUACGGUGGCGAUCUUUCAAGUAUCCGGUCUGUUUGCUGGCACUCCUAGUCUGGGGUGGCCGGCGACAUUCUGGCUGUGCGGUAUACUCAGUCUUCUAUGUUUUGCUCUGUACUACUGGCUGGGAUCAGCGGCACCACAUAGUUAUAGAGGCAUCACUAAGGAGGAGUUGCACCAUAUUAUGGGUGAUGGAAGCGCAGACGUGAAGAAACGCAAGACUCCUUGGAAGCACAUACUGACGAGUACAGCAGUAUGUGGCCUAGUAGUGUCACACGCCGGCAGUGUCGUGGGCCACCUGCUGAUGCUCAUACAAACUCCCACUUACAUGAGCAAAGUUCUGAAGGUGGACAUUAGACAGAAUGGUGUUUACUCAUCACUGCCGUACAUCGCCAUGUACAUCUUGGCCAUAACAUUCGGUCACAUCUCGGAUAAGCUUCACGCAAAGAAACUCAUGUCCAUAGUCAAUAUUAGGAGAACAGCGAAUACUAUCGGAAUGAUGGUUUCUGGAAUAUUCAUGAUAGCUUUUGCUUUCGUCACCAACACUACGCUGGCUGUGAUCCUGUUGAUUCUGUGCAUCGGUUUGCAUUCUGGAGUGCACGUUGGAUUCCAUAUAAACCAGUUGGACUUGGCUCCGAAUUUCGCUGGCCCCAUCAUGGCGCUCGGCAACAUGGUGGCGAAUCUGGUCUCCCUGCUAGUGCCUGUCCUCGUUUCCAACAUCGUUGGGAAUGACGUGACGAACCAGCAUCGUUGGCAAAUAUUAUUCAUAGUGGUGGCAUCGUUCCAAAUAUUAACAAACACCAUAUUUGUGAUAUUCGUCAAGGGGAAAGUACAGCAAUGGAACUUUUAUGGUGCCGAUGAAACCGAGAAAGAGGAGGAUCUGUGCGUUUUGAAAGAAAACAACAGACUAUUUGAUCAAGAACCCCAGCCAAUCGAUAAGAAGCAGCAGACGUGAAGGAAUUUGAUUGUAAACCAAUCCUUAAAAUAAUAGUGCUUCGAUGGUGAAGAAGAAACAAACAAAAAACAAACCAUGCGUUUGUUGAUUGUUUAUUUAGGAAUUUAUUUACAAUAAGUGUUAUAAAUAAUAUAUUUUAUAUGUAAGUACUGUCCAAUGUGGUACCUUAUAUAAAACGUUUACUCCAUUGUUCCAUAGAUGGAGCUGUAUUAAUUUGUACUCACGGUAUGGUUUAGUACGAUUGAAAUAUAUAAGGUUUAAAUAAGUUCGAAAUAAAUUGUCUAUACGUUCCGGAA